AUGUUUGGCAUUCUCGAGGCCGUCUCCGUGCCUCAUUCGGGCAUCUUCAACAGCUAUGAAGAACUUUUCAAAGAACUCAGCGACCGCAUGGAAAAGGAGGGCUACAAGAUUGUCAAGGCUAGAUCUCAUCGAGGCAAAGUAGGUGGUGCCGACGUCCCAGGGAAUGACAUAGUACGAUGCGAUCUUGUCUGCGAUCGAGGCGGGAGGCCCUAUCGAUGCAUGGCGACAAAACACAAGACAACGACAAAGAAGACGGACUGUCCUUGGAAAGCAAAGGCGGUUCAUCGAAAGACUAUGGGAGGAUGGGUCUUGACGAUUACCUGCAAUCAGCAUAACCACGAGCCCGGUACACCCGAACCACCAACCCCCGAAGCUGCGAGCGAGGACGAGGCGAAUAUGAUGGACGACCUGGAAGGUGAGCACAGUUUGGAUCCGGUUGCGACACCGCUCCUGACACCUUGGCAAGACGAAGGGCCACAACCUGAUGCCGAGACUCAAGCUGCAAUCCAGGUCGCGGGUGUCUCAAACGCAGUCCUUCGCUUGACCGGUGAAACUUUCCAUCAAUUCAAGAGCGAAUAUCGCAAGAUGUCGCAUCCGGAUCGUGUUGCGCAGCUUUCGCAUCUUCAGCUUCGCGUUGCAGCCAUCUAUGCUGUUCAGAAUGAGGAUCUGCAACGACAAAAGAGACAAGAAGCUCAAGACAAGCGCCAUCGACAAAUUGAGGAGACAAAGAGGCAAUCCUCUGUGCAGAAGCAGCGGGCCAGGCAACGUCGUCAGCAAGUAGUGGAGCAGAGCCAUCAGCAGCAGCAGCAGCAGCAGCAGCAGCAGCAAAUGCAUCAGCACAUCCAACAACAACUGCCCCAACAAACCACUCAAGCCCAAGUGCAAGCCCAAGCACAGGCCCAAGCACAAGCGCAGGCCCAGGCCCAGGCUCAGGCCCAGGCCAUGAUGCAAUCACAGCUGUAUCUCCCGCAGAAUCCUCAACAGGCCGCAAUUGCCGUGCCUACGAUGGACAUGCCGCAGUUUCAGCAUUACGUGGCUCCGGCUAAUAAGAGGAUGCGCGGACGGACUUCUCAAGGUGGACAACAAACUCAAUAG